CCUCUUUCUUCUCCUCACUUCAUCCUGGUUCACUCCAUCUUCGCCUCCAGUGUGCGCUUUAUACAGAGAACAUAAAGGUCAAACAGAAGAAGGAGAAAGGUAAGACCUAGCACAGAGAGAUGGGAGGAGGAGAGGAUCCGCAGAGGUCUAAGAAAGUAGCGGCGGCGGCGUACGACUACGAGAACGAUCCUAGAUGGGCCGACUAUUGGUCCAACGUUUUCAUCCCUCCUCACAUGGCCUCCCGCUCCGACGUUGUCGACCACUUCAAGCGCAAGUUUUACAAACGCUACAUCGACCCUGAUUUGGUUAUCGAACCUAUGAAUACUGGCAGUUCCUCCCAGCAAGCACAACCAUCUUCCUCGUCGAACUCAACGGGUCAGUCACGACCACGUAAUCCAGGGUCUACUGCUAGGACAUCCGGGACGUCAACAACCCCAACUUCGAAUCCUACUUCUUUGCGUUGGGAUCGACAGACUAUACUGUUUUCUGUCAAUGCUUGGGUCUUUGUUGUGGCAGUUCUUGCAAUAUUUCCCUUCAUGUACACAAAUCUGUCAAACAGGGCAUAUCGACUUUCAUUCAUGGGAACAGCAUGCUCUUCCUUUUAUUCUUUAUAUACACUCUAUGGGAAACCCAGGGCAUGGAAUUUGCAGGCAGUGCAAGUCUGGUUACAGUCUGUCAUUGUGACGAAAGAUUUUAUAUACUUCAUUUACUCCCUCACUUUUGUCUCUUCUAAUCUUCAUCUGAAAUUUGCUAUGAUUCCAAUUAUAUGUCGAUCUGUUGAACAUGUUGCGAAGUUCCUUAGGCAAAACUUUAGCAGAUCCUCUUUAUAUAGGAGAUAUUUGGAAGAGGCGUGUGUAUGGGUGGAAUCAAAUACAACUACACUUAGCAUACUGUCUUCACAAGCCCAGAUUGGACUUGGGUUCCUUUUGAUUAUCUCUCUUUUCUCGUGGCAACGUAGCAUACUCCAGGCAUUCAUGUAUUGGCAGUUAUUGAAGCUCAUGUAUCAUGCACCCGCAACUGCCAGUUACCACAAAAGUGCGUGGACUAAUAUUGGAAGGCUUGUCAACCCACAUAUACAACGCUAUGCCCCGUUCUUGAAUGGUCCUAUUUCUGCUAUACAGAGGUGGUGGUUCAGGUGAAAGGUUCUUGAGGAUAAUAGACAUGACUUGUAACAAUUAGAUCAGCAAAUACUUUCUGAAAUUUGUAUUCUUGAUUUUACAAAAACAGAGGAGGUUUAACUGUUUAAGAUACAUGCUUAAGCUGUCCUGCUAACUAGAAGGAUGUGUUUUUUUUUUUUUUUUUUUUUUUUUUUUUUUUUAAAUGAAGGGAACUAGAAUGAUGUUGUUACUUGUUAUGCCCUUUAUUAAUAAUUUCCUUUUUGAGUAAA